GUUUCAGAAUUAAUUGCAGUUUUGGAAGUUGCUCUCAACAUUUUUAAAUCUGACUGAACUAGCAGAAUGCCUGCUUCAGCUCCAGGACUGUGGAACUACAUCCCAGAAGAAAUCCUCAUCCAGAUUUUCUAUUAUCUUUCUCUUCGAGAUAGAUAUACAGUCUUCCAGGUGUGCAGACAGUGGGCUACAGCUGUUUCUUCUAGCUCUGUUUGGCAUUUCACAGAGAUCAGCUGUGAUUUAGAGGAUGAGGAAGGCAUGCUGCAGAGCCUCCUGCAGUUCCUCAGCCAAAUCAAACAGCUGAAGAUUGUGUUUGACCAGUCCAAGGAGAUCAACCGGAAGAAUGUCAAACGCAUCUUAGAUGUGCUGGCAAAACACAACCACAAACUGCAGCAACUGUGCAUUGUGUGCCAUGGGGAGAACCCUUACUUCUACUCUGGCCAUGACAUCCUGCAGAGCAUACGCCAUAUAUGCGACACUAAGAACCAGAUAGAUCUUCAGCACAUCGAUUUUCGAAAAAUGCCUUUUACUCUUGAUGAUGAACUUGUUGAGCUCUUAGCCACCACCAACCCAAACUUACGCAGUUUGUUCAUCAACAACCACACCCUGGUAUGCAAUGUGGUGCCAGAUACCAUUAGGAAAGUUCUCAGAGCGUGUCCCAAACUCUCGACCCUGGGGGUUUACUAUGCCAGCUUGUCUGACGAUGUUUUUCUGGAACUGAUCAAGCCAGAAAGAGCACCUUUCAUCAAUUUAGACAUUUUCUGUGAGCGCCUGGACAAAUAUAUCCCAGUCAUCUCAGAAGAGCUCUGGGCUGCUGUAAGUCAAAAGCAUCCUCAGCUCUGUGUAGACCUAGAGUUUGAUCAUACGGUCCCUGCCUCGAAAAUACCACAGAUCCUAAAGCUGAAUAUACCUGUGAGCACGCUGCAACUUAAUACCUGUAAUUACAUGGUGAAUCAGAUUAGGUUUGUCACCCAGAGCUACAGCAGCACUUUAAAGAAGCUGACACUACAAACCACGUCUUCAGAGGACUUAAAUGCCUCACUAAUAGAUCUGGCUAGGAAGUGCAGAAAUCUACUGGAGAUCCACUGCUACUGUGUGGUCAGCCAGGAGGUGGUAGAAGCGUUCCUCACACACUGCCCCCAUCUGAAACAAUACACGCUCAAGAUCAUCAAGGAACGGCACCCCUGGAAACCAGUAAUAGUUCAGUGACUGGUCCCUCCUGACUCCCUGGGAAAUCGUGUGGAUCUGCUCCAGUGCAGCGAAGGAAGAUUUAGAGAUAUAAGGAAAAUGCUGCAAUAUUCCUUCUGCUGCUCACUUAGAGCGCGCUGUCUUACCAGCCUUGGCUGCUAAAUGUGAUGACCGCUUGUUCGGGAGACUAAGCUUUUGUAUGCAAAUGUGAUAGACAAAGGGUUAUACAGAGAAAUUGCCUUUUUUCUUGUAUAAAUAUGGUAUGGAGGGGAAAUUGCCUUUUUUCUUGUAUGAAUAUGGUAUGGAGGGUACAGAGGGCAGGCCUUUUUUCUCCUUUGCUUCUUUAUUUAGCAGCACCAGGAAUGUCAAGUUUAUUCUUUGUGCAUUUUUACUGAGGACCUCAGCAAAAUUUAAUUUUGCUUUUGCACUGUAAGAGAACCCCAGCGAUAAGCACGCUGCAUCAUGAUCCCAGCAACUACUUGUGUAGAUAGUUAAGGAAGUGGCAGCUUCAAUGCUGCAGCUGUUCUUUAUCCAGCGUGGUGCUUAGCCACGCAGGUUAAAUGAGCUGAGCAAAAAAUUGUGGUCAUCUGAUGCAAAAUUCACGCUCGCCUUGAUAACUCAUCUUUUGCCAUUUCUGCGCUGGUGAGCUCACCUGUUACCCAGUUGUCAGGAAACUUCCAGCGUGGAAGGGUCUAAACAGGACCUGACUUAUGUUAUAAAAUACAGGCAGGAGAAAAAUCCCUUCGGGAAGAAAACUGAUAAGGCCGUUGUGAAGGAUAUGUGGCCUGCUCAGGAAAGCGGGUUUCCAGGCUGUAAUUUGAAUGCCUUUUGCAAAGACCUUUGUUUUCAGUACAUUGUUAGCGUUUCUUAGGAAAAUCAAGUGUGCUGACAGUUUUUGCAUAUGACCUUACACUCAACGGCAAACUGCAAAGGUAUCUUGCAUCUGAAUUAGCAUAUGUGUGUGUGGGUCCGUUGUGCCAAAAAUGUUGGUGAAUGUUAUUCGCAGAGCACUUUCUGAGUUGAAAUAAUCCUGGCAUCAAGCUACAUUGCGAGCACCGAUUUAGAGCAAUUGAAUAAUGAUAAUAAAAGCAUACUGACAUCUG